CUGAGCCAGCCCUGCGAGUCCCCCUGGCCCCAGCUGGGCUGUUUGUUGUCUGCUGGCCACCGAGCUGGGGAGAAAAGCAGAAUUUUCCUCCCUGCUUUGAAUUUCUCCGCUCUGCCAGAUUGUUUUUGUCCUGCUUGGGAAGCAGCAAAGCCACGAGAAGGGGGACAAAGGAGGGGCCAAGGGGACGGAAGAGGAGGAGGAGGAGGAGGAGGAGGAGGAGGAGGAGAGCAUCAGAGGAAGGCAGGGGCCCCACGAUAUCCUGGCAGGGAAAGGCAGCCCGGAGUGGUGCGAUGUCCCGGCUGAGCCGUGCCUGGCGAGGAGCAGCCCCGCUGUUCCCCUGGAACCACUCCCGUCCCUGCAGCAGCUCCCCGGGUCCCGGGGCUCAGAAGAGCGUCCCGUACCAGCGAACACUGCGGGACGGUGCCGGGGGCAGCGAGCCCAGCGCGGCCCCGCCCGCAGCAGCGCAGGUGGUGGUGGUGGGAGGGGGCAGCCUGGGCUGCCAGACCACCUAUCACCUGGCCAAAAUGGGGCUGAGCGGAGUGGUGCUGCUGGAGAGGGACCGCCUCACCUCGGGCACCACCUGGCACACGGCGGGUCUCCUGUGGCAGCUGCGUCCCAGCGAUGUGGAGGUGGAGCUGCUGGCACACACCAGGGACGUGGUCAGCCGGGACCUGCCUGCCGAGACCGGGCUGCACACGGGCUGGGUGGAGAACGGGGGGCUCUUCAUCGCCUCCAACAAGCAGCGCCUGGAUGAGUACAAACGGCUCAUGUCGCUGGGGAAGGUGUAUGGUGUGGAGUCCCACGUGCUGACCCCGUCCCAGACCAAGGACCUGUACCCUCUGAUGAACAUUGAUGACCUCUAUGGCACCCUGUACGUCCCCAAGGAUGGCACCAUGGACCCUGCUGGCACCUGCUCCACUCUGGCCAGAGCAGCAGCUGCCAGAGGCGCUACGAUCAUCGAGAACUGCCCCGUCACAGGCAUCCAGGUGAGAACUGAUGAUUUUGGGGUGAAGAGGGUGCAUGCAGUGGAGACAGCCCACGGGACCAUCCAGACUCCCUGCGUGGUGAACUGUGCAGGAGUGUGGGCACGGGCCCUGGGCCGGCUGGCGGGUGUGCACGUGCCGCUGGUGGCCAUGCACCACGCCUACGUGGUGACCGAGCGCAUCGAGGGCAUCCAGAACAUGCCCAACGUGCGCGAUCACGACGCCUCGGUCUAUCUCCGUCUCCAAGGCGAUGCCCUUUCCGUGGGUGGAUAUGAGUCAAACCCCAUCUUCUGGGAGGAGGUAUCUGAAAAAUUUGCUUUUGGCCUCUUUGACCUGGACUGGGAUGUUUUCAUGCAGCACAUUGAAGGUGCUGUCAACAGAGUGCCAGUUCUGGAGAAAACAGGAAUUAAAUCCACUGUCUGUGGGCCAGAAUCAUUCACAGCUGACCACAAACCCCUCAUGGGAGAGGCUCCAGAAGUCCGAGGGUUCUUCCUUGGCUGUGGCUUCAACAGCGCCGGGAUGAUGCUGGGAGGUGGCUGUGGCAGGGAAUUGGCUCACUGGAUCAUCCACGGCCGGCCGGAGAAGGACAUGUACGGCUACGACAUCAGGAGGUUCCACCACUCCCUGACCGACAACAACCGCUGGAUCCGGGAGCGCAGCCACGAGUCCUACGCCAAGAACUACUCCGUGGUCUUCCCCCACGAUGAGCCCCUGGCAGGACGGAAUGUGAGGAAGGACCCCCUGCACGAGGAGCUGCUGCGCCAGGGCUGUGUUUUCCAGGAGAGGCACGGCUGGGAGAGACCCGGCUGGUUCAGCCCUGGGGGAGCAGCCCCGGUCCUGGAUUACGAUUACUACGGCGCCUACGGCCGUGAGCGCCACCGGGACUACACCUACAACCGCCUGCUGGGGGACGAGUACACCUUCGACUUCCCCCCUCACCACGACAUCAUCAAGAAUGAAUGUUUAACAUGCAGGAACGCCCUGGCUCUCUUUGACAUGUCUUAUUUUGGGAAAUUCUACCUGGUUGGACCUGAAGCUACCAAAGCAGCUGACUGGCUGUUCAGUGCUGAUGUGAGCAAAGCUCCAGGCUCCACCGUGUACACCUGCAUGCUGAACCGGCAGGGAGGAGUGGAGAGCGACCUGACCGUCAGCAGGAUCAGCCCCGGCAGCCCGGGCUCCCCCCUGGCUCCUGCUUUUGAAGGGGAUGGCUACUACCUGGCUAUCGGCGGGGCUGUGGCUCAGCACAACUGGUCCCACAUCACCACCGUGCUGCAGGACAUGAAAUUCCAGUGCAAACUCCUCGACUGCUCGGAGGAGCUGGGCAUGAUGAGCAUCCAGGGCCCUCUGAGCCGUGCUGUCCUCCAAGAAGUGCUCGACACCGACCUCAGCAACGAGGCCUUCCCCUUCUCCACACACAAAAUCACCACAGCUGCAGGGUGCCAGGUCCGUGCCAUGAGGUUGUCGUUCGUGGGCGAGAUGGGCUGGGAGCUGCACGUGCCCAGGGCUGACUGUGUGAAGGUUUAUCGGGCGGUGAUGCAGGCAGGAGCCCGGCACGGCAUCGCCAACGCCGGCUACAGAGCCAUCGACAGCCUCAGCAUCGAGAAAGGGUACAGGCACUGGCACGCUGACCUGCGCCCCGAUGACACCCCGCUAGAGGCAGGACUGGCCUUCACCUGCAAGCUCAAGUCCAGCAUCCCCUUCCUGGGCCGGGAGGCUGUGGAGGCUCAGAAAGCCAAGGGCAUCUUCCGCCGCCUGGUGUGCUUUACCACAGAGGAGAAGGUGCCCAUGUUCGGCCUGGAGGCGAUCUGGAGGGACGGGAAGGUGGUCGGCCACAUCCGGCGGGCAGAUUUUGGAUUUGCCAUCGACAAAACCAUCGCCUACGGCUACAUCCGUGACCCUGCGGGGGGCCCGGUUUCCCUGGAUUUUGUGAAGAGUGGCAGCUACGAGCUGGAGAGGAUGGGAGUGACCUUCCCAGCCCGAGCUCACACCAAGUCCCCGUUCGACCCCGACAACAAACGCGUGAAAGGCUUUUACUGAGAGGGCAGAGGAGCUGAAUCCCAGCCCCCACGAGCCCCUGCUGGCCCUGGGGUCAGCUGCAAGGGCCAGACAACAGCCUGGAACUCAUCAAGUCAACGUGGGUCAAAUUAGAGGGGAGAGGAGGAAGAGAUUUCAAAAAGUCCAAAGACUCUAAAGCUGUUUCCCGAGUGAAGCGGUGCCACUGCAGCAAUAAUUCUUUUCCAUGGGUUAAUUGGUGUGCAAACACUGUUUGGUCUCACUGCAUGUGAAGAGGUUUCAAUUUUUGACUUUGCUGGAAACUCUUUCCCCCCAAAAGUAGUUUCAUGCUGCCUGGAGAUGAAUUUUUUUAAACGAACUGUGCUGUUAAUACAGCUGGAGCCUCCAAACCUGCCGUUCCUCUGGUGUCUCACUGUGCCUGUCCCCACUGCCAUGGGUGUCACCUCGUCCUGGCUGUGCCCUGGGGACUCUGCUGGG